AGCGAGAACUUCCUGCAGCUUUUGAACCGAGUCUGUGAGGAUGGCGGCGAAUGAGCUGGUUUUCUUUGUGAACGGCAAGAAGGUGGUGGAGAAGAAUGCAGAGCCAGAAACAACACUGUUGGUUUACCUUCGCAGAAAGCUGGGUCUGAAUGGGACCAAACUGGGCUGUGGAACAGGAGUCUGUGGGGCCUGCACUGUGAUGCUGUCCAAGUUUGACCGAAUGCAGAACAGAGUCGUCCACUUCUCUGUCAAUGCUUGCCUGGCCCCCAUCUGCGCCCUGCACCAUGUCGCCGUGACGACUGUGGAAGGGAUCGGAAGCACCAAGACUAAAAUGCAUCCCGUGCAGGAGAGGAUUUCCAAAAGCCACGGCUCCCAGUGUGGGUUCUGCACCCCGGGCAUGGUCAUGAGCAUGUACACGCUGCUCCGGAACAACCCUGAGCCCUCCGUGGAGGAGAUCGAGGAUGCUUUCCAAGGGAACCUGUGCCGCUGCACGGGAUACAGACCCAUCCUGGAGGGCUUCAGGACCUUUGCUAAAGACAGAGGAUGUUGUGGGGGAAAGGGGAAGGACCCAAACUGCUGCUUGAACCAAAAGGAAAAGAGUACGGUCACACUCUCGCCAUCCUUGUUCAAUCCUGAGGAAUUCCUGCCCUUAGAUCCCACUCAGGAGCCCAUCUUCCCACCGGAGCUGCUGCUGCUCAAAGACACCCCUCGGAGGCAGCUUCGUUUCCAUGGGGAGCGCAUGACAUGGAUCCAGGCGGCCACCCUGGAGGAGCUGCUGGACCUCAAAGCUCAGUACCCGGAUGCCGUGCUGGUUGUGGGGAACACUAGAGUGGGGAUUGAGAUGAAGUUUGAUAACAAAGUGUUCCCAGUCAUGAUUUGCCCAGCCUGGAUCCCCGAGUUGAAUGCUGUGGAGCAUGGAACAGAGGGCAUCUCCUUUGGGGCCUCUUGCACCCUGAGCUCCAUGGAGGAGACGCUGGCAGCAGCCGUGGCCACGCUCCCUGCCCACAAGACGGAGGUGUUUCAAGGCAUUCUGGAGCAGAUGCGCUGGUUUUCCGGGAAGCAGGUCAAAUCCGUCGCAUCGAUCGGGGGAAACAUCAUCGUUGCCAGUCCGAAUUCAGACCUCAACCCCGUGUUCAUGGCGACCGGAGCCAAACUGACGCUGGUGUCCAAAGGAAAGAGAAGAACUGUCCGGAUGGACCACACAUUCUUUACUGGCUUCAGAAGGAUGAUCCUCACCCCACAAGAGAUACUGCUCUCCAUUGAGAUCCCCUACAGCCAAAAGAAUGAAUACUUCUCAGCCUUCAAGCAAAUCUCCCGCCAUGAUGACGACUUUGCCAAGGUGACCUGUGGAAUGAGGGUCCUGUUUAAGCAGGAUACCACUCAGGUAGAGAAGCUGGAGAUGAGCUUUGGCGGACUGGGAGAUAAAACCCUUCAGGCCCUGGAGACCAGCAGAAAGCAGACGGGAAGAUUUUGGGAUGAGUCGCUGCUGGCAGACGUGUGUGCUGGAUUGGAGGAGGAGCUCCGCUUGGCUCCCGAUGCACGGGGAGGGAUGGUGCAGUUCCGGCGCACGCUGACCCUCAGCUUCUUCUUCAAGUUUUACCUCUCGGUACUCCAGAAACUCAACAAAAGCAGCGCCAGAGGGAAGUGCGGCCGCCUGGACCCCACCUGGCUCAGCGCCGUGACACCUUUCCAGAAGCAUCCCACAGUCAACGUCCAGCUCUUCCAGGAAGUGCCCAAGGGUCAGUCUGAGGAAGACAUGGUGGGCCGGCCUUUGGCCCAUCUCGCGGCGGCCAUGCAGGCCACUGGGGAGGCUGUGUACUGCGACGACAUCCCUCUGUUUUCCAACGAGCUCUACCUGAGGCUGGUCACCAGCACCAAGGCCCACGCCAGGAUCAAGUCUAUUGAUGCUUCAGAAGCUCAGAAAAUCCCAGGAUUUGUCCACUUUCUCUCGGCUGCUGACGUUCCUGGGAGCAACAUCACUGGACUAGAGAAUGAUGAGACGGUCUUUGCAGAUGAUGAGGUCACUUGCGUCGGGCACAUUAUUGGAGCCGUGUUGGCCGACACCCCUGAGCACGCCCAGAGAGCCGCCCAAGCCGUGAAGAUUGCCUACGAGGAGCUCCCGGCGAUCAUCUCGAUGGAGGAUGCCAUAAAGAAUAAGUCCUUUCAUAAGACUUCCUAUCUGCCGAAGAUGGAGAAAGGAGACCUUCAGAAGGGUUUUGCUGAAGCCGAUCACAUCCUUGAAGGAGAGGUGCACGUUGGUGGGCAGGAGCACUUUUACCUGGAGACUCAUAGCUGUAUUGCCGUUCCGAAAGGCGAAGAAGGAGAGAUGGAGCUUUUUGUGUCCACACAGUGCCCAAUGAGCCUUCAGGAUUUUGUUGCCAGGGCCUUGGGCGUCCCAUUCAACCGGAUCACAGUUCGUGUGAAGAGACUGGGAGGAGGCUUUGGAGGGAAAGAUCCCAGAAGCGCACUGCUGAGCACAGUGGUUGCUGUGGGAGCCCACAAGACCGGCCGCCCCGUACGCUGCAUGCUGGACCGAAAUGAGGACAUGCUGGUGACGGGCGGAAGGCAUCCCUUCAUGGCCCGCUAUAAGGUUGGCUUCAUGAAGGAUGGGAGAGUCGUGGCUUUGGAGAUCGACCACUACAGCAACGCAGGCAACUCUAUAGAGUUCUCUGAGAGCGUCAUGAACAAAGCUUUAUACCACAUAGACAAUUGCUAUAAAAUCCCCAACAUCCGGGGCACCGGGAAACUGUGCAAGACCAACCUGCCCUCCAACACGGCCUUCCGGGGCUUCGGGGGGCCCCAGGCGAUGAUAAUCACCGAGUCCUGGAUGAGUGAAGUUGUCAUGAAGUGUGGCCGCCCACCUGAGGAAGUGCGGAGGUUGAACAUGUACGAGGAUGGAGACCUGACUCACUUCAACCAGAAACUGGAGGGUUUCACACUGUCCCGGUGCUGGUCUGAAUGCCUGGAGAGCUCCCAGUACCACGCCAGGCGGAUGGAGGUUGAGAAGUUUAACAGGGAGAAUCGUUGGAAGAAGAGAGGAUUGGCCAUAAUUCCCAACAAAUUUGGGCCCGGCUACGAACCUUCCUUCCUAAACCAGGGUGGUGCUCUGGUGCACGUGUACACGGAUGGUUCGGUGCUUCUUACCCACGGUGGGGUUGAGAUGGGCCAAGGACUUUACACCAAGAUGAUCCAGGUGGCCAACAGAGUCCUGGGAAUUCCGAUGUCCAAGAUCUACACCUGUGAGACGAGCACCAGAACGGUGCCCAACACCUCCCCGACGGCCGCCUCCGUCAGCGCGGACAUCAAUGGGAUGGCCAUCCAGGCUGCGUGUCAAACCAUUUUGCAAAGGCUGAAGCCGUUCAAGGAGAAAAACCCCAAGGGCUCUUGGGAAGAAUGGGUGAACGCCGCCUACAUGGCUCCUGUGAGCUUGUCAGCGACAGGAUUUUACAACUUUGAGAUCACCUCGGAGAAUCCCAUUUUCUACUUCAACUUUGGCACGGCUUGCUCUGAAGUGGAGAUCGACUGCUUGACAGGUGAAUACAAGAACAUCCGUACGGACAUUGUCAUGGAUGUGGGCACCAGUCUGAACCCGGCCAUAGAUAUCGGGCAGGUGGAGGGGGCCUUCGUUCAGGGCCUUGGGCUCUAUACCCUGGAGGAGCUGCGCUACUCUCCCAAGGGGAGCCUGCUGACCCGAGGCCCCAGCACCUACAAGAUACCUGGUUUUGGUGACAUCCCCGCCAAACUCAAUGUGUCUCUGCUCCGGGACUGCCCUAACCAUAAAGCCAUCUUUGCAUCCAAGGCUGUUGGGGAGCCGCCCUUCUUCCUCUCCGCCUCUGUCUUCUUCGCCAUCAAGGAUGCCAUUGGUGCAGCCCGAGCCCAGCAAUCAGAGAGGAAACUGGACCCACUUUUCCAACUGGACAGCCCGGCCACCCCGGAGAGGAUCCGCAACGCCUGCGUGGACAGGUUCAGCGCUAUGCUUCGCCCUGAAGAGUCCUCCGAUUAUACGCCGUGGUCUGUGAGAGUCUGAAAGGAAAGUCCAGGGCCAAAUUUUUGCUCAGCUGAUAGCACCUACUGCUUUAAGAUCUAAUCCAUCAAACCUGGCUAUUUACUUUAACCCUUGCAGCCCAGCAGCACUAAACCAAACUCAUUUAGCUCAUGGAGAAACAUCGUCCCCUGAUUACGUUACAUGACCGACUCUCAUCUCUCUUAUUCAACCCACAUAUUCAGUCUGUCAUCAAAUCCUGUCAAUCAAUCAAUCAGUGGUAUUUGUU